GCCCAGUCAGUGGCUGGCGUCCAUGUGGCACACAUCAGUGCCUGCUCUAGGUACAGAGGUUGGCUCAGUUGGGUGGAUACCAUAGAAGGGCUUUGCCCUGUGUGCCAGGCUUGUACCAUCAUUAUGAUGGCAGAAUUCCAGAAGUAGAAUCUUGUGCUCUAGGAAACCGGAACUAGAUGUGUUGAUGAAAAGGCAGGCCAUGCUUGCAUCCUCAGAGGGUGGUGCUAGUGGUAUGUGCCCUCUGGACACGGAGGGGCCGGGAGGACCCAGGCUAGUUCCUCUCUCCUAGCACCGGAAAAUGCUCCAGUGGCUCACCAAGCACAGUGCACCUUUUCUUCCUGGCGGGAUUCCUGGACAGCUCCCUAGAGCCCUGCGUGUCUGCUCAGGCCGCCAGUGGAAGGAGCCUGUCCUGUCUUCCCCUUCUGAGUACUUGGGACUUGAGGCCCAGAAGCAGCAGAGAUGUCCAGCGAGCCACCCCCUCCUUAUCCUGGAGGUCCCACAGCCCCCCUUCUGGAGGAGAAGAGUGGAGCCCCACCUACCCCAGGCCGUACCUCCCCAGCUGUGAUGCAGCCCCCUCCGGGCAUGUCGAUGCCCCCGGCAGACAUUGGUCCCCCACCCUAUGAGCCACCGGGUCACCCAAUGCCUCAGCCUGGCUUCAUCCCCCCACAUGUGAAUGCAGAUGGCACCUAUAUGCCUCCAGGUUUCUACCCUCCUCCAGGCCCCCACCCACCCAUGGGCUACUAUCCACCAGGGCCUUACCCUCCAGGGCCCUAUGCUGGCCCUGGGGGCCACACUGCCACAGUCCUAGUUCCUUCAGGGGCUGCCACCACAGUGACAGUACUGCAGGGAGAGAUCUUCGAGGGCGCCCCUGUACAGACAGUGUGUCCCCACUGCCAGCAGGCCAUCACCACCAAGAUUUCCUAUGAGAUUGGCCUGAUGAACUUCGUGCUGGGCUUCUUCUGCUGCUUCAUGGGGUGUGAUCUGGGCUGCUGCUUGAUCCCUUGCCUCAUCAACGACUUCAAGGAUGUGACGCACACAUGCCCCAGCUGCAAAGCCUACAUCUACACGUACAAGCGCCUGUGCUAACGGAGCCGGGACUGGACUCCCUGCUGUCAGUCUGGCCCCCUGUGCUUUUGCUCCCCUCGCUCAGUGGCUCGCUUCCCUGCUCCCACUUGGGGGUGGAAGCCAUUCCACCAGUCCCCUGGAAGUCUUGUCCUCUUUGGCUUGCCCUUCCCUGAGCAUCUGACUCUUGCGGCAAAAAUUCUGUUGGAUUUAAGGCCAAGGGUCAGCAAGUGGCAGGGGAAUAGCACUGAGCCUGUGUGUUGCUGGUUUGGUUGGUGUUUAUGAUCAGGAAGAGAAGCUGUGAAGGGUCUCCUCGCACGGUCUCCCUGCUGGGGUCUCGUUCCUCCAUUUCUGUACAAAGUAUAGAUUUGGUCCUAACUCUCCCUGGGACCAAAAGCAGCCAGAGCAGACCUGGAGCCUGCAGUGGGGCUCUACCUAUAGCCACAGUUAUUUCUGUCUCCUGGGCCAAGAGUGGGGGAGUGGACCCAAGCAGGACAGAGUCCUAAGGCCUGGCUUUGUUCCUGGGGUGCUAGAGGUGGACACGAUGAUUAGAAGGAUGACUCUGGCUCUUUGAACUCUCAAACUCUUAACACCCUGUCCAAGUGCCCAGGAGUCCCCUGGAGUAAGGGAGAGAGGUGAGCAUAUCUGCAAAGUCGUGGGAUGAGUGGUUAGGCCCUGGCUUGCUAAGAAGGGACUUGCCUCUGGCCCCCACCCAGCUCCCUUUCUGGCCACCCCUCCACAACCCCCGUCUUUGCUAGGGCCAGAAGGAAUGCCCAGGAGCCUAACCCAUCUGUCCAUACCAUGUCCUUGCUAUGUAUCGGCAAGACCUUUGCCCAGUGGCUGGUGUGUUCAAACUAGGACUGGAGAUGACAGAGAAGGGGCCUCCUUGCAAGCACACUCAGAUCUGUCAUGCACGCUCCAUGGAUCCUCUUCUCAGUAAGUGCUGGGCCCUGGGCCCUGGCUGACUUGCUGUCACUGUGCUUGUUUCAACAGCAGGUACUGCAGCAGGAGCAGCUGUGGCACUGGACUGGGACAGGCUGGGGACAAGGAAGGAGCAGCCCCAAGUGGCGGAAGUGCCCUGGUGGACACCUGCCCUGGGCCUGAGCCCACACUGUAUUUCGUGGAUGGUUUGUCUGUGAACUUGCUCACGUGGACCGCUGUAUCCUGCUGCCGCCCCUCUCCUGGUCUCGCACUGCCACUGCAUGGCCUCCUGUCACUGUGAAUCAUGGCUGGUCUCAGUUUGUAGUUUCUCAUUAAAUUGGCCCUUUCACUCCCCUGCCCUGGGCCUCUGCUCUCUU